UACAGUGUAAAGCCAAAACAGGGCUGUCAGUAGCCAUUCCAACCUUUUUAGCCCAUUCGCGGGAGAGAAACAGAGCACAACAACACAACACACAAAACACACUCUCCCUCCCCCUUCCUUCCCUUCUUUUCCUCCCUCCCUCAAAACAGAAGCACAAAGAAACCGAGUGAGAGAGAGCAGCAGACCCAUUGGCAAUGGUGGCAAAUAUAAAAUGAAAACAAUACAAUUGAAAAUUUAAAAAUAGUAGGUCCCAGCUCAACAGUUUAAUUCGGCCGCCUGCUUUGUCGUCUCUCUCGUCUCCGUCUUCACCACCGCCGUUCCUUUGCGUUUGACUCUCAAUCUCUCUCUCUCUCUCUCUCUCUCUGCCUUUCUCUUUCUCUAUUUUUUUUGUUGUUUGUACGUUUUCUCUGUCUCUCAGAGUGAUAUCUUUGAUCUCUCUCUGUGCUUGGUCUGAGCUGUCUCUGCUCUCUUAUUUCAGAAAGAGAAGUGUCUCUUCCUUGUUCAGUUAACCCAAAACGAGGAAUCAAUCCGAUAAAACUCAAAAGAGGAGGUACAAAGAACAAACCCAAGCCCAUCAGCACAGAGGGAGAGCCACACAGAAUAACCAAACCCAUCACAUCCAUUGCUUUCUCUCUCAGGUCUCAGCCAAACCCAUCACAUCCUUUGCCAAACUCAUCCCUUUUUUCCAUUUUUCUAUCAUGUCCAUUCAAGGGGGUGUUUUGCUCAGGAUCAUUGUUGGGUUUUAAGCGUCUCUCUUUCUGGGUUGUGAAUCUUUUGCUGUGUUGAGAGAGCGUCAGAAAAAGAGAUAUUCAUGGCUGGCAGUAAUGAAGUCAACGUCAAUGAAUCCAAGAGGGUCGUUCCGCUUAAUACAUGGGUACUCAUCUCCAAUUUCAAGCUAGCUUACAAUCUCCUGCGCCGGGCUGAUGGAACAUUCAACCGUGAGUUGGCAGAGUUUCUUGACCGCAAAGUCCCUGCCAAUACAAUUCCAGUUGAUGGGGUUUUCUCAUUUGAUCACGUUGAUAGAGGUACCGGACUCCUUAACCGGGUUUACCUACAGGCCCCUGAAAAUGAGGCUCAAUGGGGGAUUGUGGAUCUUGAGAAACCCUUGAGCACCACCAAGAUUGUCCCAGUCAUAAUUUUCUUCCAUGGUGGUAGCUUCACUCAUUCCUCAGCCAACAGUGCCAUCUAUGAUACAUUCUGUCGCCGUCUUGUUAAUACAUGCAAGGCUGUUGUAGUGUCAGUAAAUUAUCGUCGAUCGCCUGAACAUCGAUAUCCUUGUGCAUAUGAUGAUGGCUGGGCAACUCUCAAGUGGGUUAAAUCAAGAACAUGGCUUCGGAGUGGGAAGGACUCAAAGGUUCAUGUUUACCUGGCUGGAGACAGUUCAGGUGGCAACAUUGCUCACCAUGUUGCAGUAAAAGCAGCUGAAGCAGAAGUUGAGGUAUUGGGAAACAUCCUUCUUCACCCCAUGUUUGGUGGGCAAAAGAGAACAGAAUCAGAAAAGAGAUUGGAUGGGAAGUAUUUCGUUACAAUUCAAGACCGCGAUUGGUACUGGCGAGCUUUUCUUCCUGAAGGAGAAGACAGAGACCACCCAGCAUGUAAUAUAUUUGGCCCCAGAGAUAAAAGCCUUGAAGGGCUCAAAUUCCCCAAAAGUCUUGUUGUUGUGGCUGGUUUUGAUCUUGUCCAAGAUUGGCAAUUGGCGUAUGUGGAAGGGCUGAAGAAUUCAGGUCAGGAUGUGAAGCUCCUUUAUCUAAAGCAGGCCACAAUCGGUUUCUACUUCCUGCCAAACAAUGAGCAUUUCUAUUGUCUCAUGGAGGAGAUAAGCAACUUCGUCAAUCCUGACUGUUAAUAAACUCUACUUAACUUUACCUACAGCCAGCCAUACAUAGCAAAAGAUUGACAUUUUACUUGGGUUCCUCCCCCCUCCUUUUGCACUGCCCUCGUGUCUAGUUGUAAGAUUGUCUAGUAUUACUUGUUACUUACUUACUGUGUUUACCAUUUGUUGUCGUAAUUUUAGAGUUCUGCUACCGUCGCCCUUCGGAACUGUUCGAUAUCAUUCUUGCUCUGGGGAUACUUGUCUUGUUCUAUGUCUCUUCAAGUUGCCAGAGAAGGCCGGCGGCCAUUUUCGGCAGCUUGGAAGGAAGGAUCAGAACUCAAAUUGUGGGAUUUGGCAUAACCACCCAACAGAUGUAAAAGCUUUUACCCUGGCUCACUUCUGACCAUGAUUGAUGAAGGGAAGGGUUGGGGUAAAAUGCUUGGUGGUUGAUCAAUAUGUUAUUUAGUAAAUGGAUUUUAUUGUAAGCACUAAUUUUUCAGAACUUGAACUGUGGAAGGAACAUAUGCUCCUUGUUAUGAACAUAAAUCAAAUGUUAUACUACUCUGUGUUACUUACUGUUGUACUACUAGCCUCCCUUAAAUCAAAUAUAAAAGAUUUCGUUGGCGUUUCAA